GCCGCUGAGAAGCGGGUUACUCAUCUUGUGCACCCGCACCACCGCUAAAAAUAGCCCCCCAGAGCCUUGGGGCCGCCCCCUCCCUUUCCCCUGCCCCCAAACCCGUGGAAACAAGCAGAGGGUGGAGAGUGAAGACCUUGAAUUGCAAGGGACAUUUUCUUAAUCUAAAUGAGGAAACAAGCUAGAACCAAGGAAAGCCAGGGAUGGAGUCCAAGUAUCUGGGCACCCAGUCUAAGCGGCGAGUAAUGGGUUAAUGAGGCAAGCAGCGUCGGGUAGGGGGACAUGCUGAGGACUGAGGAGGAGGAGAUGACCUGUGGUACUAGUUGAAGAACACUGUCCACUUUCCAACUGGCCGCACUAGGGUUUGGGGGGAGAGAUGGAAGUGGGGAGUGUCCAGGUCGGCAACCGAGGGCUGCGCUGUGCUGUGUGGGAGAAGUAGCAACACAGAACAACUGCCCGUGUCACAUGCACGCACACAUACAUACACACACUGAGACACACGUGUGCUCGGGUAUAUAUAGUCCCCAGUCUUUGUGUACGCCGCUCCGCAGCGGAUAGAGGCUUCCAAGCUAGGAAGGGGCUCUUGGGGUGGGUGGGUGGGGGGUUGGGGUUGGGGUUGAACAGGAUGGUGGAUGGCCCGCUGUUCUCCGAGGGGCCAGGCAGCCCUAGAAAGCCCCAUGAUGGAGAGUCUGCCGGCUGCUUGUGGAUACAGAAAUCCAAGCUGUUAGUGAUAGAAGUGAAGACCAUCUCCUGUCAUUACAGUCGCUGGGCCCCUGCUCACCAGCCUAUGGACCCAACCGGGGGUCCCUGGGCCCAGGAACCUUCAAGCCGCAGGUAUGGGCUAGGCCAGAAGCCCCCAGAACGGCUGCUUCCCCGGGCCUGGGUGCCCCGAGUGUUGCAAGAGGCAACCAACCGGGGGACAGGGCAUCCGCCAGAGAUCCGCCCCCGGGAGCAAGAGAAAAGGAAGGCGGCCUCUCAGGAGCGUGAGGCCAAAGAGACAGAGAGAAAGCGGCGCAAGGGAGGUGGGGGUCGAAGCUGGAGCCCCCCAGGCCUUUGCCGAUCAGAACCUUGGAGUCCACUGGGUCGAACCCGGGGCGGAGGUGGGUCCCGCCCUGAACCUUUCCCCGUCCCAAAGGCCGCCCAGCCCAAGGCUCGUCCGAUUCCUCGGUUUCCAGAGCUCCCUGGGCCUGCCGGCCGGCCGCCCCGUCCAACAGCGCAGUCGCUGCGAGAGCCUGGGACAGCUGCGCGAUCGGGGCCCCGCCUGGGGCGGCCGUCUGGGCCUCCCAGUUAUGAAGCUCACCUGCUCCUGAGAGGCGCCAUCGGGCCGGUCCCGAGGAGGCGCUGGGACAGGCCUCCACCUUAUGUGGCUCCUCCUUCUUACGAGGGCCCCCACCGGACCUUGGGGGGCAAACGGCCCCCUCAGCUAACACGGCUGACCUCCCCGCUCACCACGGCUCCUGCUCCAGAAGGAAAAGAUGGAGAAGAACGUCCCAAGAAAAGGCUGGAUCCUCGCAUUUACCGUGACGUCCUAGGGGCUUGGGGGAUUCGGCAAGGCCGGGGUACCCUGGGUGGGCUCCCAGGUUGGGGAGGGACGGGGCCUGGGCUUGUAGGGAAGACUUCGGACAGGGUCCCAGGGGUCUCUGCUGGGGGUCCGGAGAGCAACGGCAGGGAGAGCAACGGCAGGGAGAGCAACAGCAGGGAGAGCAACAGCAGGGAGAGCAACAGCAGGGAGAGCAACAGCAGCGAGAGCUGUUCCCAGCCCGGGGCCAACCAGACCUCCAGAGCAGGGUCCAUAACCUCUGGUACCCCCCAAACGACACCCAGAACCAAACUCCCUAUCAGGGCCGCCUCCGAAGGAGAACGAGCAGGAGAACAGAGUCGGUCCCGAAAGAGCCGGAGCCCUUCCCCUGGAGAGCAGCCAGUCCAGCAGAGCCAAACCCUUCCCAGACCCUGGGCCCCUGGGGGCCCUAGAGAGAAAGAAUCCCCGGGAAAGAGGGCUGCGUCCCCGGGGCCUAGCGAGUUUCCGAACGGCUGGCGGGAGACCCACCGGGCUCACACAGUGCCCCGCAGUCCCCGCAGUUCUGCUGGGGGAAACGGAGUGUUUGUCAUUGACGCCACGUGUGUCGUGAUCCGGGCCCAGUUCAUCCCGACCCCUCCAGUCCAACACGUGCAGCUUCUGUCUUCCCCAGGGCCACUGGAUGGGGGGGAUCCCCCGGCUCCCCAGGCUCCCCGAAAAGAGGAGGGAGAGGAGGGGCAGGUCUUCCCCUCCCCGUGCCAGAAGCUGCUUCAGAGCAGCCGGCUAGCCCAGCAGCCCGGCAGAGGCCGUUCUGAUGCAAGGGGGGAGGAGAAUGCGGAGGCCGGGGAGCCGGGGGACCCCUCCCUGGAAGAGCGAGCCUCCCGCAUCUUGGGGCUCCCAGUCAAGGAGCUGGACCUAGGCCCGUCCCCGGGUCAGAGCAGCCCAGAGCGCAGCAGCGGGGCAGCGGCGAGGAGCGCAGAGGGCGCCAGAGUCCAGCGACCGGUGGGCCGGGGCUGGGGGCGGGACCCGGGGCCUUACGCCGGGGCCCUGCGGGAGGCCGUGUCCCGCAUCCGCCGCCAUACCGCCCCGGACUCGGACUCGGACGAAGCUCCCGAGAGCGGCGCCCGGAGCGGCUCUUCUGAAGGGAGCGACACAGAAGCCUCGGUUGCCUCUAGGCAGCCUGAGCGAAGCCUGCCAGGCGGCCGAGACACACCUGGGACCCCAGGAACCCGGGGCGAGGCUGGGCGCAGGGCCGGGGAGCUUCGAGACUGUAUCCGGGAGAUCCUGGAUGUGAUCUGUCAGACGGAGGAGGCGCUAUUUCGGGCCGAGGGCUCGGCUCAGGGAAAGCAGGGAGGGAGUCACCCCCGGCCAUAGGUUCUCAGACCUCAGACUUGGUCCCACCCUCCUCAGUCCGCCCUCACCGCCCCCUUUCCUCUGGCAGAAUUCCCUCUCCUCUCACUUUCUUCUUUGACCUUACCCCUGCGUGCACCCCAAGCUAGAGGUCCCCACAGGGGAACUAGAGGAAACAAAGCCAUUGGAGCUUUUACGGGUUUCUUUUUUGAGUGAAGAGUGGGGGGGAACCGAAUCAUCUGUCUGGACCAAUUCAGUACCAAUAUAAAUUGAUUAAAGGGCUUAGGAAACAAA